GUGGCAGACUGUUACUACAAUAAGCGUUGAAUGUUUUUGACUAGAUGCUCAUGUCAGCUGUAGUAUAGUUAUAUAAUGUGCUAGACUGUGGCUACCAGAUAGCACGACCAGAAGAAAGUGCAUAUCGAAACUAAACCAUGCUUGUAAGCCUUUCACCCUGAAUCUACUUAAACAAAAUUAAAAUGUACCUGUACCGUAUGACUUCACAUUGAAUUAAAACGCAAUAACUGGACCUUGCCUUGUUUCAUAGUCCAACACCUGCCACUGCCAGAAAUGCUGUCUAACAAAGUGGGCAAACAGCUUGGUCGCCCCACAUACUCUUUAACUGGAUGGUUGGUGUCCAAGUUCUUUAAAUGGCACAAUAAGAUUUUAGAGGAGAAUGCAGUGAAGUUGUGCAACAUACAACCCAACGACACGGUGCUGGAGCUCGGUCACGGGCCGGGCUUCGGUCUGCAGGCGGCGUCGCAGCUCCUCACGGGUCCGGAGGGGAAACUGAUCGGUGUGGAUUACUCUCAAUACAUGCAUGAGAUGGCCAGUAAGCGCAUGAAGGAACAGAUCGCCAGAGGAAAGGCUGUGUUGUAUUGCAGUGAUUUGGUGACCAUGCCGAUAGAGGAAAACACGGUUGACAAGGUGUUUCACUGCAACUGUUAUUACUUCUGGCCAGAUCUGAAAGCGGGAGCGAGAGCGAUUCACAGAGUGAUGAAACCAGGUGGAAUUAUGGUUACAGGUCUCAGGCUAGAAAGUGUUGAAAAAGUAGCCUCGAAGAACAUGUUUAGCGGGGAGAGCUGGCGUCCUGAGGUUUACAUGGAGGCACUGCAGUCCAGUGGAUUCACAGAUGUCCGAAUGGAGAAUCAAAGAGAGAAACUCAUCACGUUUCAAGCUAUUUUUGCGACUGCUGUGAAGUAAAUGUGUAAUGUAGUGAUAUAUGAACACUUUUUAGAACUGAAUCUGAAAUAAAGAUAUCCAACAAGAGUAAA